CUCUUUAAAUAAAUUUUUUUUGAUGUGACGUCACUCCAAUGUUGUUGUGAAUCUCCUUUCAUCACUUUCCCAAAAAUCAUCAAUGCGGUUUCCGAAUGCUAUUAGAUUUGGUGCUUGAAUAACGUUCUCGGGCACAUUGUGACCCCCGACUACGAAGCACAGGUUCUUCAUACCAGUGUAUGUUGAACUGACAUAUAUAUAAAAGUUAAGAAAUAGGUACACGAAAUGUGACAUGCAAAUCACGCGAGCCUGCGGCAGUUGUUAACCGACACAGGCGUGUCAUGUUUUGGAAAUUACCGAUGGUAUUUUAAGUUGCUUAGAGUGAUCGCCACGCCAUCCGUCAGAGGACAUGAUAUGAUGUUGCAGAGUGUUACAUAACUCGAUAUGUAUAAUCGAUGUAUAUCCCCGUCCGUUAGUGGAGCUGGACACUAACACAGCUCGUCACAACUGUUCCAUUGCAUCUAAUGUUCCGGAUCUUACUUCCCGGCCUUCCGACUCACGGUUUAGUGUGUACGAGACGAUCACUGACAGGUACCUGACCAGCCGACAGGUGUUCACUUCCAGAGGUGUGACAUUUACAGAAAUGCAACAUGUUUUGAUGAUGUGAUCUAGAGACCUGUGCAGUGUGCAGUGCUAUCGUACCUGCAGAGUUUAAGUGAUACUUCUGGAUUAACGCACAAGUGCUCUUACUUGGGAUAUAUGUCUAUAAUUCGUUGAAGGAUUCUAUGGAUUAAGGAGCAGUAGAAAUGUCUGGUCGGGCGACCUCCUAUCUGUUUGGGCAGGUCCCACCCCCCGGGCAGUACGGGACCCCCUAUCAACCCAAUGUCAAGUCACCAUGGGAGGAGAUCUCACUAGCCCAUAUCAAGGAGACCUUCCGCAGCCUACAGAUAGAGGAGAUGUACCAGUGUUACUGUGCGAUGAUGAAGAGGUCGCUGGUCGUCGCUCUCCUCACCCUAACCAUCACUGUCUCAAUCAGCAUCAUCGUCUAUCACCUCGUCGUCUGUGAGACGUUCACUGACCCGACUACCCAGGUUCACAUAGCCACACUGGGCUGCGGUGUCCUUGGUAUGCUGGGGAUCAUGUUGGUGGUCGUCACGGAAAAGCUCUACCUCAAGUGUCCGUCUGUCGUCUCUGUCAUCAUCUGGAUCCUCCUCCUCGCUGUCAUCAACAUCUACUACAACGUUCCUGGCGAUCACCGUGAGCCGUCUGACGACAUCGCCAUCGUGUUCUACACCACGCUUGUGUGUCACAUGAUGCUGCCGCUGUCGAAGCGCUGGUCUCUCUGUCUCGGCGUCCUCACCACCGUCCUGGAGACUAGCACUGUCGGAUUUCUAACAAAGGAUAAAAACUUUCUAUUUAUUCAGAUAGCCUGUAAUCUAGUGAUCCUGCUGUGUGGUAACAUGGUGGGGCUGUAUCACAAAUACCUAACAGACAUCACACACAGAAACACCUUCCUUGAGGCACGCAACUCUAUCCAAUCAAUGGUCAAGUUAGAACGUGAGAAACACCAACAGGAGGAGUUACUAAACAGCUGCAUGCCUCCUGACCUUGUGGAGAAGAUGAAGGAAGGUAUUACAAAAACAGUCCUCAGUAAACAAACUAAGCCCUCACCAUUCCAUGACCUGUAUGUUCAGCAGUACUCCAAUAUCAGUAUUCUGUAUGCCGACAUAGUAAACUUCACCCCUCUGGCUGCAGAAUGCACUGCUUCCGAAUUGGUCAAGAUGUUAAACGAACUGUUUGGGAGGUUUGACCAGCUAGCAGAGAAACACCAGUGUAUGCGGAUUAAGAUUCUUGGAGAUUGCUACUAUUGUGUAUGUGGACUGCCCCUCCCCAACCCAAAGCAUGCUAUCAACUGUGUAAACAUGGGCCUCAAGAUGAUCGAGGCCAUUCGAGAGGUGCGGGAGGCCACAGGGGUCAACGUGGACAUGCGGAUCGGUAUUCACAGCGGCAUGGUGCUGAGUGGAGUGCUAGGUCUCUCUAAGUGGCAGUAUGAUGUCUGGUCAGAUGACGUCACGCUGGCCAACCACAUGGAGUCAGGAGGCCUUCCUGGAAAAGUCCACAUAACAGAAAGCACUCUGAGAUUUCUCUCUGAGGAGUUUAAGGUGGAACCAGGAAAUGGAGCACGUAGAAAUUCCUACCUUUCUGAACAUAAUGUUGAAACCUUCUUCAUCGUCCCUAAAACUAGAGAGUUUGAUGAGGGAAGGAAGAUACGUUCAAGAUUUGAGAGUUCACUACGUGCCUCUCUACGAGUAACAAAGUACCUGGAGAGCUGGAAUGUGGACAAACCCUUCGCAAAUCUCCGUGUUAGCACCAUGGCGACAAAGCUUCUCAGUGUCACACUCAUUCCUAGCCUGGCAUUUCUUGACUCUAACUUGGUGCUCAACUCCAUCGUGGACGACCAAAGUGUGGUAGCCAUGAGUCAGCAGUUUCAGGGAGAAGUCAAUGCAGAGCUGGCGAGGAAGUCCAAGGACCUGGGCAAGAAAAGUUCCUGGCGGUCUGAGGGAGACUUUAACUGGCUGCUGUUGACGUUUAAGAAUGGGAUGGAGAAGGAGUACUCAAAGAGACCUAACCCCUCCUUCAGGAUUGGUGUGCUGUGCAUCGCUGGUAUAUUUGUAGCAGUACAGGUCAUACAGGUCAUCCUAUCACUGGGGGUUCUAAGCGGCACCUGGUUUGGAAGUGCUACUGUUGGAUUUGCAUUCUUUUUAUCUGUGAUAUUCAUCUGCUUUAUUGGAGACUUCCUGGUCUCUGAGGACAAGGGAGUGAUCAUUGGCAUUCUUGCCCACCUGUCUGGACUGACCAAGAGGAGCGCACUGGUGCGAAUCAUCCUGGCCAUUCUGUGUGUAGCCGUAGUCUGUGUUUCCUCCAUUAUCAGUGUGGUGGACUAUGAUACCUGUGAUAACUGUAUACUUCUGACCAAUGACAGUCUGGUCAACGCCACGGAGGAUGUGAAAUUUUACGGGGCACCUGUGUAUUGGACACACAUCAGCCUUCUUGGUCUGGCUUCCACCAGUGUCUUCCUGCAGAUUGGUUACCUCAUCAAAAUGGCCAUCAUGAUGGUUGUCAUGGUGAUGUAUAAUCUUGUGUUCCACCUGAUGCCAGUGUUUGGGACAGAUCUACAUACACAAUUCAGCAAUGUGCCUCCUCUAGAUUUGACCAUAGCAACUUCACUCUUACUGGCGCUCAUAUACCUGACCUUGUUCUUCAUUGACCGACAGGUGGAGUAUACUAACAGACUUGAUUUUCUGUGGAGGCGACAGUUCAAUGAGGACACAGAAAAUGUCAAGGUCACAGCUGAGGUCAACAAGCAACUACUACAGAACAUCCUGCCCCAGCAUGUGGCCGAGUACUUCAUCAGGGGUACUCGCAAGCAUGAUGACAUGUACAGCGAGACGUAUGGGUGUGUAUCAGUCAUGUUCGCGUCCAUACCAAACUUCCAGGACUUUUAUCAACAGAGUGCGGCCAAUCGCAACGGUCUCGAGUGUAUCAGAGUUCUCAAUGAAAUCAUUGCCGAGUUUGACCAGAUCUUGUCCAUGUCCGGGUUUUCUGCUGUUGAGAAGAUAAAAACGAUUGGGAGCACAUACAUGGCUGCCACGGGUCUACAGCCCGGCCGUGAGGAUAUCAUGGACCCUACAGAGAGGCACAACAACAUAGUUACCAUGACAACAUUUGCUUUAAGCAUGAUGAAGAAGCUUAAUGAGAUAAAUACCCAUACUCUUAACCACUUCAAACUCAGGAUAGGUGUAAACCACGGGGCGGUGAUAGCGGGUGUGAUCGGGGCCAGGAAACCUCAAUAUGAUAUCUGGGGGGACACGGUCAAUGUGGCCAGUCGUAUGGACAGCUCUGGAGAGAUGGGCAAGAUACAGGUACCAGAGACAACAGCACAGUACCUUUUUGAUAAGGGGUUCAAUAUCCAUAAAAAGGGCCUCACUAAGAUCAAAGGUAAAGACCCAAUGACUACUUAUUUUGUGUUACCAAAGGUUGACUCACCAGACUCAGUGACCCCUCUAUGACCUUUAUAACAUUCAUCU